CGGAGAUACAACAUCAAUGACAGGAUACAGGAAAUAUCUUCUCUACUACCACCAUCUACUCCUCCGUAAAUAGUUGUUUUUCUUAUGAAUAAUAAGUUUUAACAUAUACAUACUUUAAACACGAGUAGAUAUCAGAAUACUAUAAAGAAAUAAGAUUGGAACUAUACGAUCGUUCAUGCGACUCGUGUUUCUUUUUUGGACUCUUUAUAUCAAGAGUUUUUGAAAGCGUAUUUAUGAAAUAAUCUGGUUCCUUAAUUCUUGUCAUUGUAAAGAAAUAUUUAUAAUUGCAAAGUGCCAAUUUCAACGUCAAAUAAUGUAUUUUGUACUUUUUUGCAAUAAUUUGUGUUUAUAUACAUUGAAUACCAGGUCAAUCAAACUCAGUAAAGGUUCCAUCUUACAAGCUGCAGUACAAUGUUUUAAGGAUUUGAAAAAGGAUAAGGAAAAUUUGGAAACACUUGAAGCCAAACAGAAAACAAUGGACUCAAAAUACCAGAAAAUGCAGCUGAGAACAUUUCGACUUGAAUUGACGACAAAAUUGUAUGAAUUGUCAGAGGAAUUGGAUUUCAUUUUUGUGAAGAACAAAUCGAAACCGAGGAUGAGACAUUGCGAAAUCAAUGACCUUGUGGAUGAACUGAUGAAGCUCGGUACACCAUUUAAGUUAAAGACUGAUAAAUGUUCUACAGAUUCACCCUUUAAUGAAGAUGCAAUUCAGCACGUAUCCCACAAAGAGAAAACCACAAAGCUUCAAGCAACAAAAUCAAUUUUAAGGGACCUAAUAAUGAAAAUACUCUCAAAGAAAAAGCAGUCGAGGCUUGUGAGAAAACAAGAAAAAGCUGGUCAACAAGAGAAAAUUGGUCGUCUGAAGGUUCAGUCUAGGAAGCAUGAGAAUGAGGCGGCUCCUCAGACCCGUCUCGAAAAACAUAGUAUGCCAGAUACCAUUUCAGAUGAAUUGCUUACAACAGAUACCUUUCAUCUCCAUUCUCUCUCUACUAAUAUAAAUUACGGGGAGUGUGAUAUUCUUCUGGAUUUGUUCGGAAGUCAAUCACCACACGAGACAGCUGGACAAAUGGAAACUGACCCUGCAUUGCCUACCCAUUCGUCUAAACAAUUGUUCAGUACAGUCACAUCUCCACUGCCGACAACUAAUAUGCUUGAAGUCUUAUUGAAAAGAUCUGACAAAACACCUUUACAAGCUAAUUCCAUGGAAAGCUCUCUGGACAGUACUUUAUAAAAAUAC